AUGAAGAGUCUACUUCUUCUGGUGCUGAUUUCAGUCUGCUGGGCUGAUCAUCAUUCAAACAACUAUACUCUGGACCAUGACAGAGUUAUUCACAUCCAAGCAGAAAAUGGCCCCCGUCUACUUGUGGAAGCAGAACAAGCCAAGGUGUUCUCACACAGAGGUGGCAAUGUUACACUGCCAUGUAAAUUUUAUCGAGACCCGACAGCAUUUGGCUCAGGAAUCCAUAAAAUCAGGAUUAAGUGGACCAAGCUAACUUCAGAUUACCUCAAGGAAGUGGAUGUUUUUGUUUCCAUGGGAUACCACAAGAAAACCUAUGGAGGUUACCAGGGCAGAGUGUUUCUCAAAGGAGGCAGUGACAAUGAUGCUUCCCUGGUGAUCACAGACCUCACCCUGGAUGACUACGGGAGAUACAAGUGUGAGGUGAUUGAGGGGUUAGAAGACGAUACUGCUGUGGUAGCACUGGACUUACAAGGUGUGGUAUUUCCUUACUUUCCACGACUGGGGCGCUACAAUCUCAAUUUCCACGAGGCGCAGCAGGCUUGUCUGGAUCAGGACGCUGUGAUCGCCUCCUUCGACCAGCUGUAUGACGCCUGGCGGGGCGGGCUGGACUGGUGCAACGCGGGCUGGCUCAGCGACGGGUCUGUGCAGUACCCCAUCACAAAGCCCAGAGAGCCCUGCGGGGGCCAGAACACGGUGCCUGGCGUCAGGAACUACGGCUUUUGGGAUAAAGAUAAAAGCAGAUAUGAUGUUUUCUGUUUUACAUCCAACUUCAAUGGCCGUUUUUACUACCUGAUCCACCCCACCAAGCUGACCUAUGAUGAAGCGGUGCAAGCCUGUCUCAAUGAUGGUGCUCAGAUUGCGAAAGUGGGCCAGAUAUUUGCUGCCUGGAAACUUCUCGGAUAUGACCGCUGUGAUGCAGGCUGGUUGGCGGAUGGAAGUGUCCGUUACCCCAUCUCUAGGCCAAGAAGGCGCUGCAGUCCCACUGAGGCUGCAGUGCGCUUCGUGGGUUUCCCAGAUAAAAAGCAUAAGCUGUAUGGUGUCUACUGCUUCAGAGCAUACAACUGA